AUGGCAGAUGAGAACGUGUUUCAUGGUGUCGUGAAAGACUGCGAGGAGGACUUGGGGGAACCACUUUGCGGCAUCGCCCUGUCCUACAGCAGCACCAGGGUUGGCUCUUCCAACACACACGGCGGAGACCACCAGUCUCUGCAGACCCAGCCUUCCGAGACCCCUCCCCUCCUGGCCUCUGUGAUGCUCAGACUGUGGUUUCCUGCAAGCACGUGGGAAAAGCCCACCUCCUGCCUGAAGCCCCCGAUGGCCCCAGAGCAGAGGGCGCUGCAGCUGCUCGUGCCGGGACCUGUGAAAGCAGCGCUCAACCAGAGGUCCGGGGAAGCUCCUGCCAUCCCUCCCACCCAGAGCCAGGCGAGUUUUCUCAGAGCCCUCAAGACGCCCACAGUGUCCCUCCUGGGGAUACGAGGAAGAGAAGCUCUGAAACCAGGCGAGGAGUCCCUGUUAGGGACAUGGGUGUUUCUAGACCAGAACAGCAUUAGAAUCGGCAAACGAGCAACAUGGCUGAGCCUCCCCAGUGUGGAUGAACGCAAACUUCACGGGGAGAUGGGCAUGGAGGACAAGACCCUGAAACUCAUUCUCCAAGUUCCAGGACCUAGAAGUGCUUUGGCACUGACGCUGUUCCCAGUGCAGCCACUGCUUUUUCCAAGCACCCCAAAGCCCACCCAAACUCUCAGUGCAGCGGCCGCUGCAUCCCUGGGCUUUGCCCAACUUGGGGAAAGAGAAGACGGCGAGGAGGAGGCUGAGUGGCGCCUCGCGCCCCUGGCCGUCCGGGCUUCUCGCGCGCUCCCGCAUUGGAGUCUAUCUGCCGCCUCCUGCGCCUUCGCACUCUCGCUCUUCCUCCUGGGUUCCAAUCGCUCUUGUCACCGCCAUGGCUCCUGGUCCCACCCAGACGGGCCCGAGCUCGGGGCCCGGACUGCUGCCGCUGGCGCUGCCGGCGCCGGGAAAAGGGCCGCGGGCGGCAGCCACACGGCCCCUGCCUGGUCCGCGCCGCUCGCGGCGGUCCGUGGCCUGCGCGAGGACCAGGACUCCCACGGGUCCGCAGGGGACGCAGUCGCCGCUCUGGGCCCCAGCGCCCAGGACAUGGUCGCUGUGCACAUGCUCCGUCUCUAUGAGAAGUACAGCAGGCAGGGCGCGCGUCCUGGAGGGGGCAACACGGUCCGCAGCUUCCGGGCCCGGAUGGAAGUGGUCGACCAGAAGGCCAUGUACUUCUUCAACCUGACUUCCAUGCAGGACUCGGAAAUGAUCCUCACUGCCACCUUCCACUUCUACACCGAGCCGCCACGGUGGCCCCAGGUGCGUGAGGCGAUGUGCAAGCCACCGCGGGCCAAGAAUGCGUCCUGCCGCCUGCUGCCCCCUGGCCCGCCGGCCCGCCAGCACCUCCUGUUUCGGAGCCUCUCGCAGAACUCGGCCACGCAGGGGCUGCUCCGGGGGGCCAUGACCCUGGUGCCUCCGCCACGCGGCCUGUGGCAGGCCAAGGACAUCUCCGCGAGGGCCCGGGGGGACGGGGAGCUGCUCCUCUCUGCUCAGCUGGACUCUGGGGAGAAGGAGCUGGGGGUGCCCAAGCCCAGCCCCCGCGGACCCUACAUCCUCAUCUACGCCAACGACCUGGCCAUCGCCGAGCCCAACAGCGUGGCCGUGACGCUGCAGCGGUACGACCCCUUCCCAGCUGGGGACCCGGAGCCCCGCGCAGCCCCCAACAGCUCAGCAGACCCUCGCGUGCGCAGGGCCGCGCAGGUCUCUGGCCCCCUCCUGGACAACGAGCUGCCGGGGCUGGACGAGAGGCCGGCUCACGCCCCCCACGCCCACCACUACCACAAGCACGAGCUCUGGCCCAGCCCCUUCCGGGCGCUGAAGCCGCGGCCCGGGCGCAAGGACCGCAGGAAGAAGGGCCAGGACACGUUCCUGGGCUCCUCGCAGGUGCUGGAUUUCGACGAGAAGACGAUGCAGAAAGCGCGGAGGAAGCAGUGGGACGAGCCCAGGGUGUGCUCCCGCAGGUACCUGAAGGUGGACUUCGCAGACAUCGGCUGGAGCGAGUGGGUCCUCUCGCCCAAAUCCUUCGACGCCUAUUACUGCGCGGGCGCUUGCGAGUUCCCCAUGCCCAAGGUCGUCCGCCCGUCCAACCACGCCACCAUUCAGAGCAUCGUCAGGGCCGUGGGUAUCGUCCCCGGCAUCCCAGAGCCCUGCUGCGUCCCCGACAAGAUGAACUCCCUGGGGGUCCUUUUCCUGGAUGAGAACCGGAACGUGGUCCUGAAAGUGUACCCCAACAUGUCUGUGGAGACCUGUGCCUGUCGGUAAGGCCGCUGCAGGGUGGAAGGAGCCUCCACCCACCCAGCACCCAGCAGAGUGGGCUUGGAGCCAGUACUUGCCUCGGGCGAGCCUGCGAUGCAGGGCACGGGUUUCAGGCAUCCUCACUGGGCCCACGAGAUUGCCUGCAGGGACGCCAUUCUGGGGUCUCUCAUUGCUAGGGACUGAGCCCCUCCGUGGCAGCCUGGGGCCCUGAGGGAAUCCCUGGCCUGAAAGUUUACCCACCCUUUAUACUCACUGCUCCGAAGGCACGAAAACCCAGCGUGCCACCGUGCCGGCCUCACGGAUCAUCGACUCCGGGCCCAGGAGGGUGACUAUGCCAACCUGGGGACGGCCCCCUUCGGAAGGAGAGAAGCUCUUCUGUGUAAAGGCUCGGGUCCAGAUACGUGGGCCGCACAUGGACACGGGAGCACCAGGCCUACCUGAUGUCUAAGUGGGCGUGUUCUUUCAAGGCCACUGCAGACGCUUUUAUCCAUACAGUAUGCACGUAUAGCCUUGCGGGUUUCCUUAUCUUAAUAUAAAUCUUAUUUUAAAACAAAAACAAGGGCGUUGACACCAUGGCCCCUGAAGGAGAUAACCAUGCUGAUAAACGUGGGUCGUUUGUGUACUGAAAUAACACAUACAGUAACAUGUUGGAGCACUAAAAAUAACCAAGAUUUUAUAUUUUUGUAAAUUAUACUUUCUAUUCUGUAGAGUGUGUGUGUGUUACGUGUUUUUAUGGAAAGCUAAUAAAUUAAAGGUAUAACGGUAUCUCAAGAAAAAGAAUGUUACCCACUCCAAAGUAUUACUCGAUCCCCUCGGUGGGUAGGAACAAGAUCUGAUGGCUGCUAGGACACCCCCUCCCUUUAGGAUCUGCAGAGGCCCCCAGACCAUCUCGAUGGUCUGAGUCUGUCCUAAGCCCCCAAGCCUUCCAGCGGCCUGCCCCACCCACUCUGUCCUGUG